AUGAAGUCUGAAGAACGGGAUGCACCACUCCAAUGGGAUGAGAACGCAGAUAUUAUCAUGGCUUCCCCACCUCCGAGUAAGCGCCGCCGGAUCGACACGACAGUGGCGGCAUUGGAUCUCGUCUCUGACAUCAACCUGGAAAUUGGGCUACGCCAGCGACUCGCGGAGACCAUAGAGUCGCGCCUGACAUGGGCGCUGCUGCUGAAGGAGACCCUGGAAAGAGAGGCGUCCAACUCCGCCGCUGUGCCCGACUCGUAUGAGGAGGCUGCGUUCGAGGCGCUAGCCACCAUAGACAGCAACGCGCAAGUGCUCUUCGAGCGCGAACCCUCACCCCCGCCUCUUGUCGACCUCGAAGCGAGAGGGAAUGGGCGUGGCCGCCCUUCGAAUGCUCGGGCGCGACAAGCGAGCUCUAUCGACAAGCCCGAGUUCCUCUACCUACGAGCCACCACCGCAGAGGGUGUCCCGCGCACCUUUGUCAUGUCCUGCCCCGCAUGUAACCGCACGACCUUCACCAAUCUUCAAGGCCUGUACAACCACGCGCGCCUCGCACACCAGCUGGCGUGGGGGACGCAUGAGGAGUGCAUCCGCGCUGCCGCGCGCCUGGUUCCUGAGGACGAAUAUGUGCGUUGGGACUUUUCGCGCGGCAUACAAGUCGGGAACGGGUCAGGGGGCGGGAUGCUACCCGGGCUGCGCACGCUGUUCCAGAUGGCGGUAGGGGAGCUGGAGGAGCAGCGCGCGGCGGAGGUGAAGAGGACGGAAAGCGUACUCCUCACCCGCACACUCGGUCUGCACAGCGACUCGCCGGCGCUUGCUCCCUUCCUGGGUCGGCAGGUGAAGAAGCGGGAGAUCAAGACCGUCAACGAGGAUGCGGACGUCGAUAUCGACGGGGUGGAGGAGGAUAUGCGACGCCUCAGGGUCCGCGUCCCACGGCAAGGGAGGGGCACAGCUCCGGAGACGACACAGGAGGAUAAUGCAACCUCAAUUUCCACGGUCAUUGACUCUAGCUCCAGUGUUGCGCACGGCGAAGGCAGCCGCUUCCACAUCAGCUCGCGGAUAAUCAUAGCAGACCGCAGCCUGUGGAUCGCCGAAGACAUACGAGCAAACAUCCCCCCUGGCCACACUCACAAAUGGAUGGUUUCCGUCGACGCACCUUCGUACAGCCAACAUAUCACUACGAUCCUCCGGUCUGUUACUGUGACGAAAGCCGCUGAACAACCUGCGGAUGCGACGACUUCUACAUCUACGCCUACGGCAUCGACAUCUGGAGCUACGGGCGCGUCUGCAGCGGAUGUUGCCUACUCGUCGACAUCCACUGCUACCGAGCCCCCCUUCGUUGUGCGCGGGACCGCCUCUGCGCCCUUCCUCGCGCGUGUUGAACUGGUAUUUGGUGCGCAUAUACCUGGCCGGGAUGACCAACGCGAAGUCUACGAGCACUGGGUCAACCUUGAUCCCCUCCGCCGCGGUGCGCCAGUGCUCGGAGAUGAACAGAUCGUAGACGUCGACCUUGACCGCGGCACCGUCUUCCUGCCCAAACGCGAUGACUACACGCCUGUGGGCAGUCGAGCGCUGUGGGAUGGGGAAUUCACCGGCGCCGCCGGCGAGGGCAAGGCAAGGACGGCUGCUCGCAAACAGCCUCGAACGGACGGUAAAGAGGACUACGAGGUCGCGCUUGAGGAACUCGUCAAGCGCUCCCCCCUCGUCAUGACGGAUGUGAAGCCUGCUGGCGGUCGUGCUCGUAAUCCCACUUUCCCGUAUACGGUCACGUCUACGGCUGCGCAGUUCUGCCAGCUCAUAGCCGGAAAGCGCAAGGCCAUCGAGUGGGCUCGCGCUCGCGCUGUGCGUGAUGCGUACAUGGCCUCUUGCGAACCGGACGACAUGCCUCUCAGCGUUGCAGACGUCUUCAGUUGGCUGCAGGAAAAUGGGUACAGCAUCCGUCCAUCAAUAGCUACCACAGACCAAGCAAGUAUCGCAGACAAAGAUGAGAAGUCCAACGGCAAGCGCUCGCACCAGCUCCAGCACUGCGACAUCUGUGGUUUCUACGUGCGAUUGCAUCCAGAUCCUUUGGAUACGACGAGAUCUGCUCGCAGCGCGUCGGUGGCGUCAGUCAAGACGGAGGAAAUCGUCAUCAGCCUGCAGACGCCUGCAAGCGUGCCCGCCAUACCGGAUGGGCCGCCGGUGAAACGGAGGCCUGGACGGCCGAAGGGCUCGACAGCGGCGAAUCGGGCGAAAGCGGCAGCUGCGAAUGCCAGCACGCGCGGUAGCAGCGUGGGCAGCACCAGGGGCAGCACACUACGCGAGGGCAGCGUCAGCACAGUCAAGCAUGACGACGACGCGCCCUUCGAGUGCAGCCUCGUCCCGAAGAAGGACCAGCUGCGUACGCGCCCGAUCGUGGAUGUGGAGGAAUGGUUGCGGCGACGGCCGAACGUCAUCGACACGCUCACCGUGCCGCGCAAUACGACGUGGAUGGGGCCAGCGGACUUUCGUGAGCUGCCGCGCGUGGUGGACCCAGCGCUCAUGCGCGCCGUAUGGCGUAUCGCACGCGUGCAGAAAUUGCCUACGCUCCUGCCCUUCCCGCGAACCGCACCGCCUGCACCGUACCUUCCGCCCGCCGAACUCGCCGAUCGCCUGGCACCGAGCGCACUCCUCGCUCUGGCGACGCGCGCAUUCGCGAAAGCCGUGCUGCAAUGCGGGCUGGACACGGCUGCAAACGAUCUGCGGGUGCUGAAGCGCUCGCUCGUGGGCGCGUCCAUGAGAAAGAAGAAGAACCUCGCAGCGGACGUGCGUGCGAGGCUUCUGACGCCGACGCAUGUCUUGAGAGGGUUGGUGGCGAAGGGUGCCGUACCGCCAGAUGUACUGGGGUCUGCGCUGUUUAUGACGGUGGCGCGGGUCGGGGUGCUACAUGAGGGAGGUGGCCAGCAGUCGCAGGACACGUCAUCCCGAUAUGCUGCCCAUAGCGGCCCAGUAGCAUCGACAUCGCGACAACAGGGAGCGACAGGCGCUACGACGCCUGCCCCUGGGUACUACGCCGCUGGGGGGCCGGUCGUCUUACGACCUCCGACAACCCAAUGA